AAGUCAUUAACCGUCGGUGCUAGUAUUGCCUCCUCGGGCAAGACGUUCCAAAGGUCAAAUUCUUCGGUUCCAGUGAUUUGGAUAGAAGAAGGAGCCUAAUCCCAGACGUGAAUCAUUACCUACUAAUUUCCCGCGCCAGCAUAUUCCUUUGGCAGUCACUCUCUCAAAACUCAGAUCAGGUCCUCGACGCCCCCGUAAAUCUCUCGCUGGUCGGCGGAACGCUAAUUCGUCGCAGAGAUUGAGCUUUUCUGUCCAUUCAGAUGAGGCGUCGAAGGCGAUCUGGUUCUGAUGAUGAUGAUUACCGAUCCAAGCGAGACAAAUUAGAAACUGACACACUAGAGUCACUUAUUUACCGCAUUGGUUCCAAGGUGGAAACCGUACGGUUAUAUACUAACUUUUUAGAGUUUGGCAAACAUAGAGAAGGACAUAACGGACCUCGCAUCUUUAACCCUUCUCGAGAUACCUCGAAAUGGCGACAAUCUCGUCAAAAUUCUGGCUAGAUGCGUUCGGGACAUUCCAGAAAGGAUGCCAAUUUACGCAACGAUGGUAGGCUUGUUGAAUCUCAAGAAUCGCACCUUCGUGAAUCAACUCAUCGAAGUACUUCAGCGAGACCUAAAGGAUGCUAUCAAAUCAGCUGCUUUCGAAGAUGCGAAGUUUAUCAUACUUUUUCUUUCGGCUUCUAUCAAUUGCUGCACAGUGACCGUCAGCUCCUUGUUAAAUUUGUACGAGAAUUUCGCAGAAGUUACCCUCGACGUCGGCCGCAGCUCCCAAUCAAGAACUGAUUGGUAUACCUACGCUAUACUUUACAGCCUUCCUUACAGUGCUCAUAUGCUGGCUGCCCACGAUUCCGUCGCGCUAAACGACAUUCUUGGUACACUAUCUGUAUAUAUGACGAAACGCCACAAGGCUCAUGUUCCUUUACUUCGCGUUUGGGAAUCUGAUGAUCCUCAUCCGCAGGAAGAUUACCUCGAUUGCCUUUGGGCCCAGAUUCGCACACUCCGGUCCGCCGGUUGGCAAGAGAAGGUAACAUGGCGCCUAUACGAUUCGUUUCCGAGUCUAAAAGAGUCUGGACAACCGCACCACUUAUCUGCGCAUUAUGAAAUUUGA